UGUGUAGAAGCUAUCAGGAAGUAGUGUCAACAAGAGUUAAAUUUUUGUCAAAAAAGGCAGGACUGUGCGAGUCACCUCGGCCGGGUGUUGCCUUGGAUAAUUAAGCAUUGCAGGUUCGAGUUCUAUUGUAAAAAAUUAGUCACCACAAAAAGUCACCACAAAAGAUAUUUUUUAGUGCGGCAACAAAUCUGAAGUAGACAUAGUACUAGGUAUUUAUCAAUAGGUUCAUCACAUCGUUUAGUUCACUGUACUAAUAUUGUCGACAAGGAAAGGCAAAUAACAGGAAGAUAAGGGGAUGAGAAAAACUUACUGGUGGUUUUACUAGCUGUUUUUAAAGAGAUAUUGUUGAGUUUUAAGCAGACUUUUUACUAUGUAAUAUUGUUGUUUUGUUUGUAUUUUUCAAGUCAUUUAGAUUGAAAUAUUAAUGUAACGAGAUAAAAAAAGACGUUCGUUUUGAUAAUAUGCAUACAAAUAAUGAGGUUUCGAGCUGGGUCCAGAUAUUUUAGCUAUAGUGAUCUUGCACAGGCAGCUUGUGCGGAGCAACACGAAGGCAAAGAAGAUACAUCUGAAAAAGACAUGCCUCGCAAACAGUCUAGUAAAACAAACGAUAAAAGUAUUUUAGGCAAAGAAAAUACGGCUGAUAAAGACAUUCCCCGCAAACAAUCCAGUAAAGCAAUCGAUGAAAGUUCUCUGCAAGGUUUAAAAUUAUUUCUCAAACAUUAUGAAGAAAUUAUAGAGGGCAGGACAAAGGAUACUGACAUUGUGGGAGAUGAAUAUCAGAAAAUCAAGGAACAAUCUUCAGAAAACAAUACUUCUCUUUUAAGCACUGAGGGUUCAAAAGAUAUCAAUAGAUGGAAAAAUCGAUAUAAAGAUAUUAUACCCUACGAUUAUACCAGAGUUGUUUUACCGAAAGACGAAUCUGGUGAAGGAUCUGAUUACAUCAAUGCUAAUAGGAUCCAGGAUGUAAAUACAAAUAUGUGUUAUAUAGCUUCUCAAGGUCCUCUGCCAAAUACAGUUGAUGAUUUCUGGAGAAUGAUCUGGCACUAUGAAGUCAAGCUUAUUAUCAUGGCUUGCAAGGAGACUGAAAAGGGAAAGUCUAAGUGUCAAAGGUACUGGCCACUAAAUGGAGAGGGAAUACAUUUUAAGAAUAUUACAGUUUCUUUGUAUACCGAAAGCCCGCUGGCUCAUAACAUUCAGAUGAGACAGUUGGAAGUAUCAAACGGUGAGAAAGGGCGUUUAGUCACUCAACUUCAUUACUUGGAUUGGCCAGAUCACGAUGCACCAGAAACAAGUGAAAGUAUAUUACAAUUGAUUGAAAUAGCACGAGAAAUCCAUUCGGAAGUUGGCUCACCCAUACUUGUACAUUGCAGUGCUGGCUGUGGUAGAACGGGUGCCAUCAUUGCAAUUGAUUACGCAAGAAAAUUAAUUCAAGAUAAAGUGAACAAUAUAUGUGUGUACGAUAUUGUCACGUGGUUAAGAAUGCAAAGACCUGCUAUGGUCCAAACGAAGAUACAAUAUGAAUUUAUAUAUGGUGUAAUACGUGAAAUGGUAAAAUCAGAAUUAAGUAAAUAUGCAGCCGCGCCGAAAGACACUCCUAUUUAUACUAACAUUGACCCAAGCACUGAUGCAAUGGAAGUGUUUCAAGAAUCCAAAGAACAUGUUAAUGGUGAUUACACGACAUCUGAGGAAAAUAAUUUAGAAAAAAAAACAUCUAAUUUGAAGGAAGGGCAAAAUACAAUGCAAGGAUAUAAAAAAAAAUCGUCCGACCGUUCCCAUGGAAGACAUUCUAAAGAGAAAGGAUCACGAAAGAAGCAAUCUGAUUGGGUAGUGGUAAGCGUUUCCAAAACAAAAGAAUCAGGCGCAUCUAAUGGAGCAGACAUUGCGCAGGAAAUAAUAGCAACGCAUGCCAGAGAUUCUAGCAAAGAUUUCCCGAUGACGGCUAACCACCAGAGUUUUGUAGAUCCCGGUCAACAACGACAUCAAUGGCCAAAGUAUUAGAAAUCACACAAACAAACAAUUUGACCAAUAUGUUAACUCCAGAAUAUGGAAAUUUUAUGAUUUAUGAACAACUGACGCUGUUAAAGAUGGUGCAAUGAUAUCGCCGUGAAUGCAUGCAAUUGGUGGAUUAAUAAAUACAUUGCACUGUUUGGAGUCUCCUUGAACAUAUUAAACUUUCAAAAGAACUUUGUUACACUGUGUUAGUUGUAAAUUUACUUCCCUGUUUUGUAGAUAGACAUAGUUUUAGAAGAAUGAUGUUUUUUAGAAGUAUUAGCAUAAAUUAAAAUAUAACAAAUCAAAUGUA